AUGGGGGCAUGCUUCGAUGGCCAUCGACUAGGCAUACGACGUCCGCGCCCCUGUUCAGAGGGCGGCGGCCCUGGCAUCGAGUUUGGAGGAGGACGAGGGCAACUAGGCUUUCCCACCUCUCGGGCGAGGACUGGCCUCCCCGCCUGGCCCGGAAGCGCCGCGCAGAACGAGAUGCCGGUCCGGUUCGCCGAGCGGAUCCGGGUCAUCGAGGGCAUCAGGCACUGGAGGGCGAUACCCGAGCUGGUGGAGGUGCACGAGAUCCAUAUGCGGGCUUUCCGGCUGCUUCUGGGGGUGAAGAGAGACAUGGGCCUUCGCGAGUUUACGGAAGCGAUCGACGGGAUCGUGAGGGAGCAGAAGGAGAGGUCGUUCCCAAGAUGGCGCUCGGCAUGCGCGGCCUCCGGAAGAUGGACCCGACGUACGCCAGACGGGCCUUCAUCGACCAGCUCCUGGACGGCUUCCUGCUGA